AGCCAGUCCGCUCUCUCUCUGAGAGUGUGUCUAUGCUUUAAGUAAACUUUGCUUUGAGCUUACACCCGAAGUGUUAGUCUGCAAUUCUUUGCUUACCAUUACAAGGACCGAGGUGGCUGGUCCAGAUUCGUCCGUUGACCUCCUCGGUUGAAACUCUCCAACACAAUGCACGCCAAACCCAUAACAUGACCGGUCCCUUAACCCUCCCAUCAAAACCCGCCAGGACUCCGUGUUCACGCAUAUUUGCUGUUUAAUCAUCAGUCCUCCCGACCCCACAAAGCUCAGUAUGGAGCUGCUGGUGAUAGAAGAGAAUGAAGUCCAGCAGGACUCACUGGAUGAAUGUGAUUUGGCUGGUUCUAUUGGCCAUCAUCUGUCAGACUCCUGUACGCCUUACAGAAGUGCCUCAUUCCAGUCGGAUAAAAGGGAGGUCUCCUCAGUUCUAUCCGUAAAUGGUGACUGGGAGGACUGUCACCAAAGGCCUUUGAGUUUCCAAGGCCCAGGGGUACAAACUUCACAAGCACAGCUGCAGAAAAGCACCCACAUGACCAAUUAUCUGCAACUGCAGCUGGACCAGCAUUUCAAUUGUGGGCACAGCAAAGCCACACUCGGUCUUUCCUCCACCAUCUGGGGCUUUACUGCCAACCCCGAUUCUGGAAGCCAAGGACCACUCUUCCUAGAGCUGGGUUUGGAUGCUUCCAUUGGAAUGAAGAACCCUCCCAAGCUGAAGGGUGAGGUCUUAGCUGCCAGCAAGCAUGAGUGUCUGGUCUAUAGCAAGAUUAAUGCCUUAAGUGUCCUGAAACAGAAGAUUAUCCGAAGAAAACUGCUGUUCAGCAAGUGGAGACUAGCAUGCCGAAUCCCUGGCCUUCAAGCUUAG